AUGUCGCGGCAACUCAACAUGGACACGCUGCGGCAAAACUUCUGGAAGGAGGAGUAUCUGCGGGAGAAGAUGCUGCGCUGUGAAUGGCACCGCAAGUAUGGGUCGGUGGUGAAGGCCAAGCAGAAGGCCAAGGCUGCAGCCCGCCUGCCUCUCAAACUGCCCACCCUGCCUCCCAAAGCCCCACCCUCUUCCCCACCUGCCCCCGAAGCAGUCCCUUCCAAGGCCCCUAGCGCCGUGCCCGAGGCUCCUUUUCAAUCAGAAAUGUACCCAGUUCCACCUGCCACCCGGGCCCUGCUGUACGAAGGCAUCUCCCACGACCUCCAGGGCCGCUAUCGCUACCUCAGCACCCGGAAGCUGGACAUGCCAGAGACCCGCUACGUUUUUCCCGUCACCACCAACUUCAUGUAUGGCUGGCAGCUGGGCCCCCCAGUGAAGCAAGAACUGGUCUCCUGCAAGAUGUGCCGCAUCGAGUCCUUCUUCCGCAAGAAUGGGGCCUUCGCGCUGCUCGAUCCGUGGGACCUGGCCCUCUGACCUUGGGCCAGGCGGUGGGCAGAGCCGGGGGAAGAAAUAACAGACCUCCUGUGGGCGAAGCUGC